UGAAUGCAUCUUUCAGUUGCUGCAGCCUUUGCUCUCGAGAAAACUUCAUCUAUACCCGGUGUACUGUCAUGUAAUGGAACGUCGCGUUCGCUUUGCGUACAGCUCGUGAAGUUGGCCGUCGCAGCCGGAGUGUCCAUCAUCGGCGAGUACUCGCCUGGCGUCUAUGGUUCGUCUAGGGAGAACAAUACCGGGCUGUUGCACCUGCUUCUGCAUCGGGACUGCGAUCUCGUCACUUGGUGCGACUUCACAUCUGGCUCCACCCCACACCGAGUAUGAGCAGGCGGUUCGAUGGGCAUACACCAAGUAUAUCACACCCCUCGUAAAGAACAUCUAUACAACCGCGCUUGUUGCAGGGCGGGUUGUGUCUAGUGACAAAUCAUGCUGGAUCCUGUUCAACGCGAUGCCCCAAUUGAUGGGGAUUAUCCCCACCCUAGUGGCCAAGAUUGGUUUCACCCGGAAAGAUGACCACUGCUCAACGCAAACGAGACAUACUUACAGCAUAGCAUUUACACUCAGCUACCUUGGAGAGGAUCUGGCCAGACCCACUGUGAUUGCCUGUUCCGUUACAGCACUCUAUUCACCCCCAUCUGCAGCUUGAAGAGAUGAUGUUCAGCGAAGAGAGCACGCACGUACCGAUGAAAUAGUGCAUAAUGCCAAGCCCCCCUGACAUA